GGAAGUUCGUAGAAAAGCUGAACGAGAGCGAAACCCCGGCCAGUAAAAUUAUUAAUUAGCCUCCUGCGUGUCAAUUCGGCAAUACUGUUUCGAUUUGGAAUCGUUAAGGUUACAUUUCUUCUGUAUUCCUUUCUUCAUAUUUUGACGGGAAGAGAGAAAAAAGAGAAUGGUUUCUCAGACGAUUGAUCUGUUAAAGGAGCAACUCCCAGUGGAUCAACAACCCCUUAUUUUGUCUGGGGACGUCAAAACAGGUCUCGUCCUCGUCGACGUUGUCAAUGGCUUCUGCACCGUUGGAGCUGGUAAUCUGGCCCCAAGGCAACCAGACAAACAAAUUUCUAGGAUGGUAGAAGAAUCAGUGAGGCUCUCAAGAGUGUUCACUGAAAAGAAGUGGCCUAUUUUUGCCUUCCUUGAUACCCAUGACCGAGAUACUCCUGAGCCCCCUUAUCCUCCUCACUGUAUUGCCGGAACAGAGGAAGCAAAAUUGGUUCCUGAAUUGCUGUGGUUGGAAAAUGAACCAAAUGCAACACUCAGGUGCAAAGAUUGCAUCGAUGGAUACCUUGGUUCAGUUGAGAAAGAUGGUACUAAUGUUUUCGUUAAAUGGGUGGAAAAUCAUCAGAUAAAACAAAUUUUGGUUGUUGGGAUAUGUACGGAUAUAUGCGUCCUGGAUUUUGUCUGUUCUGCGUUGUCUGCUAGAAAUCGGCGUCUUCUUUCUCCUUUGGAGCAUGUGAUUAUCUAUUCCCAUGCUUGUGCUACAUAUGAUAUUCCAGUUCAUAUAGCCAGAGAUAACAAGGAUGUGAUAGCUCAUCCGCAGGAGCUGAUGCAUCAUAUUGGCCUCUACAUUGCAAGGGGAAGGGGAGCCCAGAUCGUAUCAGAGGUAUCAUUCCAGUGAGCUGAAUUAACCUCGUCACAUCGACUGGUCUUUCUUAGCCAUACGCAAGGCUUCAAAGUUGUGGUUGUUUCUUAUUUUACAGUAAUACUUGGAGUUCUGGUCAAGUUAAUCAGAUUUGUAGUUGCCCCCUAUUGUGGUCCUAAAUCCUAAUGAUAAGCUACUAAAGCCAGCUGCUACAAUACUUCACAUGGUAUUGCACUAUUUUGUUUACCUCACACACGUAUGUUUUACAUGGCUUGGAAUUAUAGUUGCCUGCUAAGUUUUUCUAA